UAACUAACUGUCAUUUUUCAUUAUCAUGGCGGAGGACGAGGAUGGUGUUUCGAAUAAAAAGUCGCCUCAAAAUACAAAUGAAGGAGCACCAUCGCAAGAAAAUGAACAAAAUGCAGCAAAACCUGACUUAGGUAUCGAAGAAGCAAAGUACAAUAGCAAUGAAAAUGGUGACGCAUCGCAUGCGGAGGCGAAAAGUUCUUCCAAGUCUACAGGGGCGACGCGGAAAGAUGAAAACCCGUUUUCGUUUCGGCAUUUUCUGAAGCGAGAUCUUUCGUUGCCGGGUAACUCAACGUAUGAAAACACUGGCGCCCGUCCGAAAGUGUACGCGAACACCGUACAGCACUCCCCGACCAAGAUAGACGUACACGCCGACUCGAGGCGGGACAAGCCGCGCUCGAGCGACGCCCAAGCCAAAGAGAAGACUAACGAAGGCAGCAGCCAUCGUAUAAGUGACAACACAUCCUCAAGUAGUUCUGUAGAAAUACCUUUUAGUGUAGUGGAUAACUCAGAUUCUAAGCAUAACUUUUACACGGACAAUAAUGACGUGCCGUUCUAUCACAGACCUAAUUUGGCUUCGGAGCCUCUCGGGAUGCCUUCAUUGCCUGAUUUCGUACAAGACCACAUAUUAGUGGAGCAGGCAUAUUUGAACUUUAACGGGCCAAUAUCGGUGGAUUUGGAUAACUUACCGGACUUUACGUUUAAUACUAGUUUCAAUGCGGGAUCGUCUUCCUCGUUGGGUAGAAGGAAUAAUAGUAAUUAUGGUGGUAGGGGUUAUGAUUAUGAAUCGUAUAUGGGAGCGGCAUCUACAUCGAAUGAGGCUGGCCAGGCGGGCAGUGGGAUGCCGCUUGACCUGCCAGCCGGGGCUGAAGCAGCAGCAGGGCCGGUGCCCUUGGAUCUGCCACCACACUUGAGCCUGGAUCUGACCGAGUCUGUGAACCCUGUAGAUAGAAGGAAUGUCUCUCCAAGAAGUAAUUUUCCGCUGGAUCUGCCUCCGAAUGCUGGCGCGGAGUCGAUGUGUCUCCCGGAUUUCCUGCCGGUGCAUCCGGGCCGGACGUCGCCGGAACCGGAGCAUCAAGACGAACAGAUGCAGCAGAUCAUGGCCGAGUUGGAGCGGACCAGGAGCGAGUUGUUCGCGGAGAGGUCCCGCCGGUGUCGCGUGGAGGAGGAGCUAGCCGUGGCCCGCGCCGCCGCCGCGCAGCUCCGCGCCGAGGCACAGCACAGGACCCAGCGGGAGGCCAGCCACGAACUCGACCGGCCGGGACCUGCCAACGACGCUGCGAGUCGCGCGACGGACUCGGAGGCCACUAUAGCUAGAUUGAAGAAUCAAAUUAAGAAAUUAAAGGAGGAGUUGGCGGCGAGUGAGCUAGAGUGUGGGUCCCUGCGCGGGACGCAGGCCGCCGCCGCCGCCGCGCUGCGCCGCGCCACCGGACUCGCAGAGACCUCGCUGCGAGAGCUCCUGUCCGGCCUAGACCAGCUAAAGACCCUCAGUUCGUCCCUGGACCCGACAUGAUGCACACCCCCCACUCCCCCCUCGCCACCCCACAGAGACGGACCAUUGUGGUAGGAAACAACAUGUAAUACUUGCUGUAUUGUAGUAACAUCACGACCUUAUUUCUGGGGCCUUAGUCUGCUAUUACAAUUGUAUCAGAAUGGUCGAUUAUUGAGCAGUGCAAGAGGGACGGAGCUAUACAACCUACAUAGCUCCGUCUCUCUUGCACUGCUCAGUGAUCGACCAUUGUGACACAAUUGUAAUAGCAGACUAAGGCCCCUGGAAAGGAGUAGAGAGUAUUUAACCUUAACUUGUAUGGCGUACGGAUGAAAAUUGCCUGCCAAUAAUGAGAGGUCAGGCUUCAGGCAUACAGUUUUCAUCCGUAUACCAUGGUAAUUAGGUUUAUUUUAAAUUGUUCUCAGUAUCUUCGUCGCGCCUCCACCAAUGUGAGGUGAGCCAAUAUCUUACCUUUAUGAUAUAAAUAACAAGAACCAUUUAAUUUUAUAGUGUUAGUUCAAAUGAAUCUCAAAAGAAGUAUCCGAAUAUACUUACUAUUACGACUUUAUAACAAAGUUUUAAGGUUGUAAAUCCAACAACCUUGACAUUAUGGGGUAGUUAAGAGUCUUUAUAACUAUCCCAUAUGGUCUAGCAGUUUCUAGAGUGAUUGUUUAAUGCAAGGUUUUAGAUUUGAGAACUUCUCAAAAAAUAAACUGAAUAGUUUUUAAUUUUAAAAUCAUCUACUCUACCUACCCCUUUUUAAUAAAGGCGUGAUGUUAUUUUAUAUCCGUAAUUCUACAUUAUCUCAAUAUAAUAUUAUCAUGGUGUAUUUUGAUUGGACAAACUACUGAAUUGAUGCUUUUAAAACAUGAGUUUAGCGGCAUCUAGUGGGUUGUGUAGGAACUAAGAGAGUAUAAGAUAUAUUUAGUACGUAAUAACUACCUCGUUGAUCGAGUUACAAGGAAUGAGCAUUAAUCACCACACUUGCUCAAAUGGAUUGGCUAUUUUAAACUUAUAAUUAGAAAUUAUAAUCCCAGGCCUCACGAAGUUUUCCUUCACCAUUUGUCAGUGGUGUCUAAAUAAUCUUAGAAAGUAACGUACGGAGUUUAACAUCCAAUCAGAAUACACUAUGAAAUAUCAAGGCUCCUUGGUAAAUUAUAUAUUUUAUAUAAUAAUAGUAUUAUUACUUCUUCCAUUAUACUCUACAUAUAUCCCAUUUUUACAACCAAAGGUUUUGGUGACGAUCAGUAAUAGGUUAUAAACCAUAUGGCUUUAGAGUCGAAAUUGCAAUAUCAAUAGAUAAAUAUCAGAUACUUGUAUGAGAAACAUGGAUACUGGAAUUGCAAUCUUAACUAUGAAAUGUUAAGAACGGUUUUACCACUUAUUAUUCGUUUAAUUGAUAGAUAAUUUGGCUUAUCAUCCAUAAUAUGUAAUGUUUUAGUUAAGCUAA